AUGACAAUAUUCGAAGGCGUCAGUGAUCAGGUCCGUAGACCGGGUUAUUGGCCUUCCGACCUCGCCCUUGAUGCCACUCAGGAAACAUGCAAUGAGCACUUUGAGAAGAAACUUCGAAAGUUCAGCCUAGGGCCCGAGGCUGCAGCGCCAUAUAGAAUGGUGUUGAAAGGAAUCGAUAUACUUGAUGUUGGGGUUGCGGUGCGACUCGACGGCAUUACGCCAGCAGAAGUGGAACGCUUGAGGGCCCUAAGGGAUCGGCUUGCAGACGAGCUUAAGAUUCGGCAUCCAAUACACGACGAAUACGCUUUCCACAUUAGCAUGGUGUAUUUCCUUCGACAUCCAAACGACGAGCAGAAACAGGAUAUGGAAUCCAUUCUCAAGCGCCACUUCGAAAAGAUGGCAAAAGAGAUUGAGCUUGGGCCACCGGAGUUCUGUCUGUUCGCCAACAUGCAUGCGUUCGAUCCGGUCUUCUAUCUCAGUUAA